GUAAUAUUCUUUGAAAUGGUCCCAAGAAUGCGCUUAUCUUAGUAUAAUGCUUGGCUUUUGGGGCCACGGCCAAGCGGAUCCCAAUGGCUACCAAUGGCAACCAUCUGGACCAUUUGACUUGCGCUCUCCGUGCCCAAUUCUCAACUCGCUUGCUAACCAUGGAUAUUUACCACACGGUGGCCGCAAUAUUGACGCUCCCACCCUCAAUGCAGCAUUAUCAGCAGGACUUGAUUUCGACCCUUCCGCAUUCUCAGACGUCGUAGAGAAUGCGCUUUCAACAUCAACAACCGGCAACAGCUCUACGUUCAACCUGGACGAUACAGCCGUACAUAAUGUCAUAGAACACGACGGGUCGUUGUCGAGGGAUGACAUAGCCCACGGCGACAAUUUACAUUUUAGCCCUGAAGUCUGGGCGCAAACAGUAUCGCACUUCACGGAAGACACAAUUAGCAUUGAGGUAGCAGCAAAAGCACGCGCAGACAGAAUUGUGAUUGCCAGUUCCACAAAUAUGAACUUUUAUUUCUUGAACAAUUCAUUAGCAGGCUUGGCAGAGAUAUCAUUCUACCAAAUCCUUCUUGGGAUAGAGUAACCGGCAAUCCACCUACGAAUUGAGUAAGAAACUGCCUCGAGCAAGAGAGGUUGCCCUUCGAGAAGGGAUACGUCAGGACUGAAGAUCCAAUCACGCUGGACACUAUUCUGGACGUGCUGGAACAGAUCAAGGACGCAGGUCCAGUGGCGAGUCAAGUAGCGACAAAGCACCAUGUCAUAAGGCUCGACAUGAGCAUUAUCUUGUAAUAUCACGUCGAUGCCAACGAUGAUAUCCC